AUGUCGUUAUCUAUUAGCAGAGACAUACGAAUCCUACUCCUCUUAGUACACAUAAUUCACGGACGAGAAAACUUUUACCCGGUUCAGUCCUGCACCGACAUCACGCUGGCAGAUAUCCCAGUGGAGGUGUAUCAGAAAUGUCUAGAAAAUGACCGGGUCAUUCAUUGCUUGCCAGAUGACAAUGACGUGUUGGGGCUUAGCUGUUUCUCCAUUCUCUGGAUAGCAAAAGGUAAAUGUCCGUAUUACAACGACUAUCAAGGAAACCUAGAUGAGAAGACCUGCACAGGAGAUCCUAAUCUUUGCCCUCCAAAACAAUUCAAGUCUCCAUCGUCAGUCUUAUACAAAGGCUGUUACAUAAAAGAACCAACAACAACAAGAGCGACACCUACCAUAGCAACGACAACAACCAUAGCAACGACACCACAGUCAGUGUCAACUGAAAGCAGAGAAUCAUACCAUUCAACCCAUGCACCAAUGUGUGGAAUCUCACGUAAUGAAUCCAUGUUGGAAAUGAAUUCCUGUUCCGCAGAAACUGGUUUUUUUAUUUUCUUUAUCCUCACUACUGUCUUUCUGGGUAUGGUUAUCGCUGUGUUGAAGAUAUCGAGAUUAAACAAGUUCUGCAGAAAUAUAGUGAAAUGCUGUAGAAAAGAACAUCCAAAAGACAAAUAUGGUGGAGAAAAUAAACCAAUGGCGGAAGGGAACAACGAUGCAAACGCUUGAAGCAACUUGGAAUCAUUCUUUCAAAGAAAUUGAAUGCUGACUUUGGAAGUUCAUGGUAUAUCACAAGUUAUAGUUGUCAGCUAAUUCUUGCUGCAUGAUUGGGCCGUCUUUAGUAAUUUUCUCUUUACGUGUUGAGUUUCCAACAACUGGAAGAGUCGGGGGAAAGCUUGUUGAUACAUCAUAUAACGAACCUCAGUCAGUGGUAGGUGUGGAGGGGGUUACCGGUGUUGCGACUCCCCUUUAGUCAAUUUUGCCAUUUGUGUGUUCUUUACUCCUCCUCUUUGGUACAUCUUUCGGUCACAACCCCUCUUUGACGAUUUCCAUGAUCCGCUCUUGUUUGUAAUUAUAAACUUUAAUAGAGAGAGUGAAAGUGUAAGAUAACAGGCGGACACUCUUGAAAUUAUACAGCUUCUGUAGCUAUAAAUACAGAUUAUUUUAUAUGUACAUUUCUCUGUAAUGUUGUUGACCUCUUGAUAUGCAUUUAAUAUAGUAUACUACCUAUACCAGUACAUUUAUAUGAUCUAUUUUGUGGCCACUCGAUUAUCAUUUAUAUCUGAAUAAAUCCAAUGGUCAAACGCAUAUUUAUCAAAAAACAAAUUUUAAAAAAAUCGUCAUUUAAUAGAUUUCAUCUUUUUUAUAAACAUAUUUUGACCUCUAUACAUUUGUCAUUGAUAAUAAAUCUUCAGAAAAUGUUGAUCGAGAAUUUAGGCUGUGCACUAAAAAUUUUGUCAAUCUUACCUACAAUAAGAAAUGUAUAACAAAUCUAUAACAUGAUUGUGUUAAGUUAUAGAUAUCAUAAUUCUUCAUUUCUAUAAUAAUUACACUGUAUUUAAGUCAUACAUUAUUUUAUUACAUUUGUGCAAUUACAUACUUGUAUAUAUGUACAGCCUUUGCAAUGUAGGAUACCGGUGCACUUUAGUACUUGUAUAUGUUAAUAUGUAUCUAUAAUGGUUUACUAUUUUGCGUGCUUUAAUUUAUUUACAUUAUUUCAUACAUGUGAACGUUCACUACAGUGUUACUAUUUUUGUCUCCACUCUUUCAGGGGGAGAUAUGUUGUUUUUGUACUUUCUUUCCGUCCGUCUGUCUGUCUGUCUGUCACAAAAUAUUGUGAACGCUUCUCCUCCUAUAUGGCUUACUGGAUAGACUUGAAACUUUGUACAAUGCUUCAUUUCCAUUUGCAGAUGUGCAUAUUCGUGGGACAAGAGGAUCCGAUGAAUGUAAUAAAAGUAAUUGUGGAUCUAAGAAGGGUGGAGGGUAUAAAUAGCUUGUGAACUCUUCUCCUCCUAUAUGGCUUAUCUGAUAGAUUUGAAACUGUACAAUGCUUCAUUGCCAUUUGUAGGUUUGCAUGUUAUUGGGACAGGAGGAUCAAAUAAUUUUCAUAAAUGUUAUAGUGGAUCUAUGAGGGGGGAUGUUAAAAUAGCUUGUGAACGCUUCUUCUAUAUGGGUUAUCUGAUAGACUUGAAAUUUUGUACAAUGCUUCAAUGUCAAUUGCAGAUGUGCAUAUUGUAGGGACAGGAGGAUCCAAUUGUUAUUUCUGAAAUUAUAGUGGAUCUGAGGGAUGGAGGGUGUAAAAUAGUUUGUGAACUCUUCUCCUUUUUACCCGAGUUCAUAAUGGCUUUGUUCCUGUUCAUGCUUUCUCCUCCAUAUCAUGCAGUGCAUUAAGGGGAGAAGGUUUCAUUUGGAGAGCUGGGGAGACAUUUAUUUUUCAUAACAACAAUCUCUUUUACUAUGACAAUGUUCAUGAUAUGCGGAACAAAUUAGUGUUUUAAUUUUUUUGUUCAAUUUCUCAAUAUUAGCGAGCUAAGCUUGUUUUAACGUUGUAUGUUCCGAAUUUCGACAAAUAUAAUCCACCUUGUAAAAGCACUUGAAUGAUCGCACGUACGUAUGUAGGAGGUUACAUGACAUGUCAUUUAUUAUUUCAAUUGUUUUAACCUGAAUUAUUUGGUUUUAAAUGGGUGUUUUUGAACAACUGUCACUCGGCCAUUUCUAUUGCAUGUUCAGAAAACAAAUCAACUAACAGUCGCAUGUGCUGUGCAGACUUGCAGAGAUAAGAUCAUCGAUGGUCUUAUCUGUGUAUAGCUGUGUAGUUUGUAGCUACAGUACCUUGAAAGGUGAAUAUCAAUGUUAUAACCCCCAUAAGCAUAGUACCAUGCCAUAAUUGUAAGAGAAAUAAAAGUAUCAAAUACC